AUUGUUUUUUUUUGUAUUGAAUUGUUCGUCAAUGUCAAUUUUAAUAUAAAAAUUGUGUUGAUUAGUUCACUAUAUAAUUAACGAUAUUAUUACAAUUUCCAUAAUUAUGAGCUUAAGAAUUGUUAUUUCCAAUUACAGCAGAAUCCGAGCAUUUCAAGUUUUGUUGAGAGGUUAUAGCUCAAAAGUUCCUUCUACUCCUGUAGUUACUUUAGAAAAACAGGAAGAAAGCAAGGUUAAUGUGGAUAAGAAUACAUUGGCACUCUUGGAGAGAUUGUCCUUAGUGAAGUUUGAUAGUGCUGAAGGAGUCAAAGUCCUGGAAGACUCCAUAAAAUUUGCUAAUAAAGUUCUGCAUAUAAACACUGACGGUGUAGAACCUCUCUACUCAGUUUUAGAAGAUGAAAAUUUAAGUCUGCGGCCAGAUGAAGUAACACAAGGAAACUGCCAAAAAGAAAUUUUAAAGAAUGCCUUUGUAGUCGAAGAUGACUACUUUGUGGCACCACCAGGAAAUAUACCAUUACACGAAGUGGAAGUUGAAGAUAAAGCAAAAAGCCAGAAAAUAAAACAAAAUGAGAACUGA